CUGGAAGUGGAUCCGCAAGCUCUGCAUGUCCGAGCUCUUGGGUAGACGCACUGUUGACCAGCUUCUCCCCAUGCGCCGUCUCAGUCUGCAUGACCUACUCAGGACGCUGCUUGAUGCCUCCCGGCGGCGGCAGCAUGUGAACAUCAGCGAAGAGCUAGUCAAGAUGGGCAUUGGCACCGUUGGGAGGAGCUUGGUAGGGUCAACAUCCUUCUGGGAGUACUACUACGGUGGAGAUAACCAUGAUGAUGAUGAUGAUCUGGAUGAGAUGAUGAAGCUAACUAAAGAGGUUAACAUGCUCGUCGGAUCAUUCAACGUGUCUGACUUCAUCCCAGCGCUGGCCAGGUGGGACUUGCAGGGUCUCGACAAGAAGAUCCAGGAUGUUCACCACAGAUUCGAUGCCAUGCUAGAGAGAAUCAUUGAAAGGAAACAAGACCUUAAAUAUUCAAGAAACAACAAUAAUUAUCACCAUAUUAGAUCACAAAACAUCAAAGAUCUGCUGGACAUCGUGCUCGACAUCGCAGACAAUGAUCAUGAUCAAGAUCCUGACAUUAAACUCACCAGAGAAAACAUCAAGAGCUUUGUCCUUGUAUAAGUAUUUACAUAUAUAUAUAUAUA